AUGGCCGUUGACAAUCUCCUCCAGAAGAAUGCAGCGGAGGCCGAUUCUGGGGAGAGCGGCAAGAGGAAGGCAGAGGCUUUGUCUGCUGCCCUCGUCGAAUUCUUGUUUGAGGUGUGUGAGAGAGACAGACACAUUUUGGUGGCCUUCCCCCGGAACUUCAUUGAAGACCGGCUUUGUUCCAUGGAAUCGGCUUUCUCUAGCAAAGCACUCAGCCACGGCGACGGCGCAACACUUCAUGGCGGUGACAAUCACUUUGCUUUGCCGGCGCAAGAAACUGCAAAGAAUUCACUGGACUUGACUCACCUGACCUUGAAGAAUCAGAAUGUUUUUCUGCGAAUUGAGCGAAAUUUCUAUCAGCACAUGACACUGCAGCAAAAGCCAACCGACUUUGACGUGCAUGUGCAAAUAUUUGAGAAGCGUUGCGCAGAGUCAAUUGAUGGGCAGGAAGAGAUUGCGCCCCUAGGGGAAGCUCGCUUGUGCAAUCUCAAAGAUGCAUCUGCUACAGACUUGACACAGAAAGCUACUUUAUGGACUCUGCAAGAGAUCAAAAUUGACCCUUUGGAUGAUUCAGAUGCUGGGGAUCUCCUACUGCAAAUGGCUGAAGCCAAAGCAUGGGGGUCCAGCUUUGCCCGGGUUGGUUCUUCAAAUUGCACUUCUUUUUUCAUUCCAGAGCCAGAUCCAGAUGCUGGUGUGGAUGAUGAUGUUGCUUGUGCAAAGCUAUUGGCAGCUGGCUUGAUUGUUGAAUCCAAAUCAAACCCACGCCAUUUCUACAUCACGACCAAGGGCGCCAAAAAUCUGCAGAUGAGGCUUCUAGCUGGGAGCGAGCAAUCCUUGGAAGAGUAUCACAAGCUUCCUGUUGGAGAGGGGGACAUUCGACUGGUGUUCCCAGAUCGAACACAGAUGUUCCUGGAUCGGCCAGUGGAAUGUGAUAUCACAUUUUCUAUAGGUCCUAGGUUUGAACUCUUUAUGAUGAUGCUUCACUGCGGGUGGGAGGUGCAGGACUUGGAUCGGAAUGACUUCUUUUCAAAGGGUGAUGAGAAGGAAUUCACCAUCUUGACUCCCGGCGCCGGAAGUUUCCACCGCUCAUACCUGCAGGUGUUGCUGCAGUGUGACUGGCUGUUUGAAGCUGGAAUCUCGUCCAUUUUCCAUUGCCAAUCAAAAGCUUAUUAUGAUUGCAUUUUGUCUUUGGCGAAGAUGGGGGCUGCAGAGAACCUGAAGAAUCUGAAGCCACAUCGACCGGCUGCAGAAUACAAACAGAUGGUGAAGAUGCAGCAGGAACCUGGUGGCGGCAAAGCGAAUCGUUCAAAGGGAACUGAUCUUCUGCAAGAGGAAGAAGAGCCAAAUUUUUUUUGUCGUCCUCAAGAGCCUCAAGGUGAUGCUCAACAACACAGCCAAACUUCCAAGACAAGAAGAAAAAAAUCGAGAACAGCAGCUGCAGCUGCAGCUGCUCCAAGCUCAGGAGCCAAUGCAAUUUCUUGCUCAGACAGCGAUGCCAGUGAUGAACAAGAUGGCAAGGCUGCAGUGCAAGAAGGGCCAGACCUACCACCUGGAGCAGUUGCAGGUUCUGGCAAUCUUCUGAAAGCGGUGGCAGCUGCAUCCCGUUUUUCAGCUCAAGCUCAAGCUGGAAAAGAGAAAAGAAAACAAAGAAAAGUAGAUGAAAAGAAAGGAGACGAAGACUUCAAAAAUGACAGCCACCGGAAACGCAGGCGCACAGUGCCAGUGAAACAGGAAAUGGAAGAAUCAUUGCCACCAGCUUCAUUACCGCCCGAAGUUGCAGAGAUUGAAGUUAUCAAAUCUUCUUCAGAAGAUGAAGAUGCAGUAGCAGGUGUAUAUGCAGGCACAGGGCAACACAUGGAGCAUUCUGCAGCUGCUGACUCAGCUGGUCAGGCUGAUGUUUCCGAAGAGACCAUAUCCGGCCAGAAUGUGGACGUCAGCAAAACUCAUCUUCCUGCUUGUGAUCCAGUGCUUUCUUUAGCAGCAAGCUCACCUGCAGAAGUCUCAGCUUCAUCUUCAUCAUCGAAGGCAGCUGGUCCGGCUGUAUCUGCUCCAGCUGCAGCUUCAUCGUCAUCAUCGAAGGCAGCUGGUCCGGCAAUGCCUGGAAGUUCUGAAAGAAGAUCUAUUGAGGAUGACAGCGCCCCACGGCUUGAGAUUCCAAGACAGCCAGCUGAGCAAGCUCCGGAACCUUCUUCAAUGUUCAACAUGUCGACUGUCUGGCUUGGCAAUAUUCCGAUAGUGAAAAGGAUGGACAAAAGCAGUGUUCCUCGGAUUUCUGAAGGGGUAGGUCGAUGGUGUAAUACCUUGACUUGA